CAUGUGUAGCCCUUUAAAUACCACCUCCAUACCUUGCGCGCAUACAUAGCUCAAGGACCCCUGUGUGUUAGAAACAAACCUCACAAUCCCUUUUGUGUCCGCUCUUUCACUCUUGAAGGGGAAUGGCUCUAAAAGCUGCUCAUGUCUCCGAUUUUCCAAAACUUGAUCAAGUCCAAGAGAAUGCAGCAUUGGCCCUCUGUUCUUCCCGAUUGAUCACUCAAUGUGUGAGUAUUGAGGGAAGUGAUGACACCAAGCGAGGAUUUAAAUUCGGAAAAUUUGUGGUGAUGGGACAUAGAGGGAGCGGAAUGAACAUGUUACAAUCUUGUGAUCGGAGAAUGAAAUCCAUCAAAGAGAAUUCAAUUCUCUCCUUCAAUUCUGCUUCCAAGUGACCUCUGGAUUUCAUUGAAUUCGACGUUCAGGUGACCAAAGAUGACUGUCCAGUCAUUUUCCAUGACAACUUCAUCGUCACUGAACAUAAGGGAGAACUUAUUGAGAAGCGGGUUACUGACCUCACUUUAGAUGAAUUCCGUUCAUAUGGACCCCAAGAUGAAGUUGGCAGUGAGGGGAAGUCUUUAUUUAAGAAAACAAAAGACGGGAGAAUCUUUGAAUGGAAAGUUGAAGAAGAUGCUCCUUUUUGUACACUGCAAGAGGUUUUCCAGAGAGUCGAUGAUACCAUGGGCUUUAAUGUUGAAUUGAAGUUUGAUGAUAACAUAAUCUACAAAGAGGAUGAACUAAAACAUAUUCUUCAAGUAAUUUUACAGGUGGUGUUUGAGCAUGCCAAGGAGAGACCUGUAAUGUUCUCAAGUUUUCAACCUGAUGCAGCUCUGUUGAUGAGGAAAUUGCAGAGUACCUACCCUGUAUUUUUCCUAACCAACGGAGGUUCAGAAAUAUACACGGAUGUGAGAAGGAAUUCCUUGGAUGAGGCCAUUAAGGUUUGCACAGAAGGUGGCCUCCAGGGAAUAGUAUCCGAAGUCAAAGCUGUCUUUAGAAAUCCAGGAGCAGUAACAAGAAUUAAAGAAUCUAAGCUUUCCCUGAUUACCUAUGGCCAAUUGAAUAAUGUGACGGAGGUGGUACACAUGCAACACUUGAUUGGCAUUGAAGGAGUGAUUGUUGACCUAGUUCACGAGAUCACAGAGGCAGUCUCCCAUUUUGUAGACUCUGCCAAUGAUGGUGAAGAAUCGGGCUUGCUUGCGGAGGAAGGGAAGAUCCAAGUGAAAACAAAGCCUCGAUUUUCAAGAAAAGAGCUCUCAUUUCUGAUGAAGCUGAUAUCUGAAUUUAUCCAGUCUUGAAAAGUGUUACAUCUGCCAGUAUAGUUUAAUUCCCGUAGCAUCAAACAACUUUGGUUUUGGAAAGGAUGUGCCCUUCCCUUCCUUCUCCAUGUCUUAGCGUGUACAUUAUAUUUCCAUGCUAGAAGCUGUUGGUUAGACUGUAGUUGUUUGGAAAGCUUUGAAGUUAAACCACUUCAAGCUUUUAUGUAAAAUUGAAAUGCAUGUUACUACCAUAGUUAUGAAAAUCAUCUUGUAAUUUGUUGGUAACAGCAGAACUGAUCGCAAGAAUUUUUUUCUUUUUUUU